AUGCCGUCGCUGCCAUCAUUAGAGGCUUUUGCCAAGGGUACCUUCGCCACUGCAGCCGGUGUUGCAACGCUAGGUUGUGGACUGCUAUACUACGGGCAAAACUAUCUCAUUUACCCAUCCGCAUUUCCGCCGGGCUCUCGCACAGAGGUCCCAGUACCAACGGAUUUCGGGCUUGAAUAUCAGGAUUUACCACUUGUCACUGAGGAUGGGCUUACUUUGCGGUGCUACCUUCUCAUGCAACGGACAGAAAUAAGCAACAGCCAUGCUCCACAUAUAGAUUACCCAGAGCAACAGACACAUGAAGAGUUUGCAUCCACUCGACCGACAGUUUUGAUGUUCCACGGCAAUGGCGGGAAUCACGGUCACCGGAUACCUCUCGCAAAAGUAUUCUACGUAAAAAUGCGCUGCAAUGUGCUCAUGCUCUCAUACCGCGGAUACGGUCGUUCUGAGGGUUCUCCAUCAGAAUCAGGUAUACGUAUAGACGCUCAGGCGGCGCUUAACUAUGUUACCUCGCACCCAUACCUGCAAAAUACGCCUGUUAUCCUUUAUGGCCAAUCUAUUGGUGGUGCUGUCGCUAUCGACCUUGCAAGUCGAAACCCAUCGAAGAUCACUGCGCUAAUCCUGGAGAACACGUUCACAAACCUCCCACGUCUCGUACCUCAAGCUCUUCCUCUUCUUGGCCCUCUUUCAUUUCUCUGCCAUCAAAAAUGGGACUCGGCUUCGAAAAUACCCUUAAUACCCCGGACGAUGCCAAUCUUGAUGUUGAGCGGCGUUCUGGACGAAGUCGUUCCACGCGAGCACAUGCAAGAGUUAUGGCAGAUUGUUUCGCGGCGUCAAGGCGCCAAAUUCAUUGGGACUGAAAACAAGUCUGACGUAUCGUCAGUCGGUAAUGGAAAGUCGAAAUUCAUUGAGUUCGAAGCCGGACACCACAAUGAUACGUGUGUCCAGCAAGGGUAUUGGACUGCAGUCGCUGACUUUGUGGCAAGUUUGGGUCGGCGUUAG